GCCCAGUCGUUAAAAAGAAGAUGGAGAACAUGACAUCCCGAAAACAAAGGCAAAACCAUGUCUUUUUCCUGUUCCUCUUCCUCCUGCCGUCUUCGUCUGGAAAUUCUACGCAGCCAUACAUGAGGAUCCCUCCCCUUCCCUUUUUUUUUUAUUCUGCGUACUUUGUUGUUGUUGCUGUGAUCUUUUGUGUGUUCUUGUUGGGAUUCGCCUUGUAGAUUUUGCUUCCCCUUUCCUUAGUCUGUUCCUCUUCGCCUUUUCCUCGAUAUUUCUGCUGGAUCGAGGAAGAACAGUGAGGAAUCGGGUUUCUGCACCGGAAGCAAUCUGAAUUGUUGGCCGUAGGCAUCGUUGUUGAAUAUUCUUGGUCGGAAUGGAUCGACCCGUGUGUUUGUGAUCCUUCGAAAGGUUUGUUAGGGAGAAGCGGAGGAGGAGGUGGAGCUGGGGGGAGGCCUCGACGGAGCCGACAAGAAGGGAGGAGGGCGGGUGCGGCUGCCUGGCUGGUCUGGAGUGCAUAUUGGGCGUGGUCAGGGCCCUCCGAAUGGGGUCCUGCCUGUCGUCGGACGGGCAGAGCAGCUCCUCCAGCCCGUCGUCCCCCUCGUCGCCGGCGGUGGGGGCGAAGCGGCCUCGGAGGGGGCAACGGAAGAAGCCGGGGCCGCGGAGCCACUCUAAGAAAGAGGAGCAUCUCCAUCGGAUCCCCGGGAGGAUGUUCCUGAACGGGUCCAGCGGCGUCGCCUCGCUCUUCUCCCAGCAAGGCAGGAAGGGACCCAAUCAGGACGCCAUGAUCGUUUGGGAGAAUUUUGGCUCUAGGAAUGACACAGUAUUUUGUGGAGUAUUUGAUGGCCAUGGUCCACAUGGCCAUAUGAUUGCUAAGAGAGUCAGAGAUGUUCUCCCAUUAAAGCUAAAUUCCAAUUGGGAAGGUGAGGAUUGUAGAGAAACCACUGUAAAUAAUUCAGGAAGCAUCAAUUCAGACACAAGUUCAACUGUUUCCCUCAAAGAGGAGAAUCACACUUCCAUUGAUUUUGAAGAAAAUGAUGAGCAUUCCCAUAUUUUAAGGACACUAAAAGAUCCAUUUCUGAAGGCUUUUAGAAUCAUGGAUAAAGAACUGAGACAGCAUUCUGAUAUAGAUUGCUUUUACAGUGGGACAACAGCAGUCACUUUGGUCAAGCAGGGUCAAGAACUUGUGAUUGGAAAUGUUGGAGACUCAAGAGCAGUACUUGGCACUAGAGAUGAAAACAACUCUUUGAUUGCAGUUCAAUUGACUGUGGAUCUUAAACCAAAUCUUCCAAGGGAAGCAGAACGAAUAAGGCAGUGCAAGGGCAGAGUUUUUGCUCUCCGGGAUGAGCCUGAUGUGGCUCGAGUUUGGCUGCCUAACAGUGAUACCCCUGGCUUGGCAAUGGCUCGAGCUCUUGGGGAUUUUUGCUUAAAGGAUUAUGGCUUGAUCUCUGUACCUGAGAUUUCAUAUUGGCACAUCACAGAAAGAGAUGAAUUCAUUAUCAUGGCCACUGAUGGGGUCUGGGAUGUGCUUUCCAACGAAGAAGUGGUAGACAUUGUCGCUUCUGCUCCAGCUAGAUCCUCGGCUGCUCAUUUACUUGUUGAGUCAGCUGUCAAGGCCUGGAGGUUCAAGUUCCCAACUUCCCGAGUUGACGACUGUGCUGUAGUCUGCCUCUUCCUUGAUUUAGAUGCACCAAACAUUUCCUCCGAUCUCACAUCCAAUGAAGUUGAUUCACCAAAUGCCGCUGGGGUUGGCAGCGACGAGCAAGCGCCUUCCGGUCCAACUUCUUUGGACCGUCUCGGCACAAUCCGCUCUAGCACUGCAUUCCCAUGUGAUGCAAUCGAAGAAUCUCCAGGACAGCAGUUCUCUGGAACUCAUACCCAAGAAGGAUCCUCCAUUGACAAUAUCACCUCGAUGCAAGGCAAUGGUUGGUCUGUUCAACAGGGCGUCUCUCGAGUGGAUACUCUGUUGUCAUUGCCAAGGUUUGUUUCAGGGAGUAAACAGCCAACCAAUACCAAGGCUCAGAAAAGAGCAUGACAGGUGGAGAAUAUAUGCAAAGAAUGCAGUCCUAGCAAUUGUUUUCGUGAGAAAACCGCUCCGACCUUUUAGUGUGGCCAGGUGUUCUCUCUCUCUCUCUCUCUCUCUCUCUCUCUGUAACACGCAUAUGUUAGCAUGAGAAGGAUUGCGGCCUCUUCUUUUCUCAAUCCCGAUUUAGUAUGAUUUGUUGUAAUUUAUGUGUUACAAUUAUUUUGUGGCUAUUCUAUCAUUUGAAAGCCCUCAAUUUACGAAUUGUUACUUGUGGUUUAAAAA